CUCGGCAGCAAAUAGAUAGGCGUCCUGCAUGAUUGAAUUCAAAGUGGCUGAUGCCAAAAUUUCUGCAGAGGCGCGGCAAAAACUGGCUGAGAGGAGCGAAGCAGCCGGGAUCAGUGCUGCUGAGAGCUGCCACGCUGCGCUGCGAACAGUCUCUCUGUGAGCUGGAGGCGAGCUGGAGUUUCUGAGGUGAUACAGGAACAGCGAGACGCGAAGCCCCUCUCCCUGGUUUGAAGGGAUAAAAAAGAAGAAGAGCCGAAAAUAUAGUCCGAGUGUUCGUCAAAGCCGAGGACGCAGCGCUAUCAGAGAGCAACGGAGGCUGACGCCAGACAAGUACAAAGGAGAAACGAGCCGCCGAGUUCAAGUUAUCCCUGCGCCUCGCUCCAACGGUCUGCGCUGAUGGCAUCCGUACUUGGAAACAACAGCCGUGCGUCGGGGGCUCAGGGCGGCCAGGUGAAAUGCAAGCUGAGAAGGAGGAGGAGGAGGCGAUCCAAGAGAAAAGUAAAUCCCUCUCCCAUCCAUCGAUUCCAGGAUCCUUUAGGGGCCCCUUCUAGGAGAGACCGACAGGCUUAUCUUGCAAAUCCUUUAAAAGAGAAAGUCAGUAUGCUGUCGGCAUUGAUCGCUCCCUUCAAGUACAUAAGCCCUGGGACCAGCAGCACAGAGGACGAGGACAGUUUAAGCACCAGCAGUGCAGAGGUGAAGGAAAACCGCAAUAUUGGUAACUUAGAGGAUCGCUCCAUAGGUCCCGGGGAGUGUCAGUCAACAAGAAGCGGGAGCUCUGGUCUGAAGAGGAAACGGCCACUGGAGGAAGACAAUAACGGGCACCUGUGUCAACUCCGUCUGAUCUAUAAGAAACUGUCCUGGUCUGAGGCUCCAAAGAACGCGCUGGUACAGCUGAAUGAGCUGCGGCCCGGCCUGCAGUACCGGAUGGUGUCUCAGACGGGCCCCGUCCACGCUCCCGUCUUCUCCAUCGCCGUGGAAGUCAACGGGCUGACCUUUGAGGGCACAGGCCCCACGAAGAAGAAAGCCAAGAUGAGGGCCGCAGAGCUGGCCCUCAAGUCCUUCAUCCAGUUCCCCAAUGCUCCUCAGGCCCACCUAGCCAUGGGAAACAUUUCAAACCCUUCAGCCGACUUCACCUCAGACCAGGCCGACUUCCCCGACACGCUCUUUAAGGAGUUUGAGUCUUCGUCGUGCUCCGACCGCCUCUCGCUCUGCAACUCGGAAACCGAAAGCGAGUUACUUUCCAGCGAGCUGCUCAGACACGGGCGGUUGCUGCGCCACACCUUGGACCUGAUGGUGCAGGCGCAGCAGAGGCUCGGUGGAAUUGUCCAAGAGCCCGAGGCCCCUAAGAGCCCCGUGGCUGUGCUCAAUGAGCUGCGGCCGGGCUUGCGCUACGCCUGUCUUUCGGAGCGAGCCGAGGGCCGACGACUGCGCAGCUUUGUGAUGGCUGUGCGCGUGGACGGGCGGAUUUUCGAGGGCUAUGGCCGCAGCAAGAAACUGGCCAAGAAUCAGGCAGCCCAGUGUGCUCUUCAGGCCCUCUUCAACAUCAGGACGGCACCCGAGGGGAGAACAGGUCUCAAAGCCAGCAGGCAGAGUUGUCCUCAUUUACCCCAGGACUUUGCUGAUUCAAUAUUCCACUUGGUGAGGGAGAAGUACCGGUCGCUGGUGGGCGGCUGCAGUCCUGCGCACGCUCGGCACAAAUCCCUGGCAGGCAUCGUAAUGACCCGAGGUCUGGACCUGAGGCACGCCCAGGUGGUGGCGUUAUCUACUGGCACCAAGUGCAUCAACGGAGAGUAUCUGAGUGAUCAGGGACAAGUAGUCAAUGACUGUCACGCUGAAGUCACAGCCCGACGAGCCCUGCUACGCUUCCUCUACUCCCAACUUGAACUCUUCUUGAGUAAAAGGCCGGAGGACUGGGAGGAGUCGAUAUUUGUGCACCACAAAGAGUGCGGCUACAGGUUGAGAGACAACAUCCAUUUCCACAUGUACAUCAGCACCUCGCCAUGUGGAGACGGGAGGCUCAACUCUCCAUACGAAAUCACCGCUGACCUGCACAGCAGCAGACACUUAAUGAGGAAGCAUCGGAGUCACCUGCGGACCAAAAUCGAGUCGGGCGAGGGGACGGUGCCGGUGCGUUGCCGGGGACCCGCCCAGACCUGGGACGGUGUCCUUCAGGGUGAACAUCUCAUCACCAUGUCCUGCACAGACAAGCUCACCAGAUGGAACAUCCUGGGCCUGCAGGGGGCAUUGCUGAGCCAUUUUGUGGAACCAGUGUACCUGCAUAGCAUGACCGUUGGCAGCCUGCGUCACACGGGCCAUCUGGGCAGAGUUCUGAACCAGCGUCAGGAGCGCCUGGGCCCACUGCCUGCCACAUACAGACGCAACCAGCCCCUGCUCAGCGGUUUGAGCAGUGCUGAUUAUCAGCAGCCGGGGAAGGCGUCAUGUGUGAGCGUCAACUGGACAUUGGGUGACGCACAGUUGGAGGUGGUCAACACCGCAACUGGACGGAGACGAGACUCAGGGACACCCUCGCGUCUCUGCAAGCACGCCCUGUUCACCCGCUGGAACAGAUUGUACCGCAAGUUGGGGAUCCACCCGUCCAGCUCGGCGGACCGCCAGCUCAUGUACGGCGAGGCCAAGAUGGCGGCGCGCCCUUACCAGACAGCGAAGCAGCAGUGGUUCAGGUCUCUGCAGGAAAUGGGCCUCGGCACCUGGGUCAAAAAACCCCCAGAGCAGGAGCAGUUCCUGCUGUCGGACUGAGUGAGAGAGUGUGUGUGUGUGUGUUUGUUUAACCAUCUCUUGUUUUUUAGGGUCCAAUGAGUCUAUGUUUCACAACCCAGUUUAACCUCUAAACUCAAGGCUGUCAGCCCAGCAUGUGUGUGUGUGUCUGCAUUUCAUUCUACACGUACACCCAGGACGACAGGCGGAAGGUUAACUGGACGGCUGAAAAGAAACGGGACACGAGGGUGGAGUUGGUGUUCUUUAAGCACACAAACACACAAGUUUAAGCAAACACCCACCUA